UUUCACCAGGCCUCAGAUCCGGGGGGCGCGGCCGGUCAGCGGGGACAAGCUGUUCUCCAAUAAGAAGUGUCUGGCCUGGUUCCACGCGUACGCCGGCCCCGACAAGGUGGUGGGCCCGGAGGCCAUGGAGAGGUUCUGUGAAGACAUCGGAGUGGAACCAGAGAAUAUUAUCAUGUUAGUUUUAGCCUGGCAUCUAGAAGCAUCAAGUAUGGGCUUCUUCACCAAAGAGGAGUGGCUCAGGGGAAUGACGUUAUUACAGUGA